GUCUCUUCACCACGAUGUGGCGAGCAGGAGCACGCGGCGCAAAACUCGUUCACAAAGUUAUGAAGUCGUCAUUGCAGGACGAGAGCGGGAGGGCAACGUGCCGGCAGCACGGACCGAAAAGUGCGCCGAUCGCUCAGAUCAAAAUUCGGUCCUCCCCCGCGCUCAGGCUUGCUUUCCACCCCAUCGUUCGACCAAGGAUCUUUUCGUGAGGUCGCCAACGCACACACAAAACAAUGGCCGAGGAUCACGGCAAGGCUUGGCCCCUGGCGGACGCUGCAUUGACCAACCAGAUUCUGGACCUGGUCCAGCAGGCUGGUCAGUACAAGCAGAUUAAGAAGGGUGCUAACGAGGCAACCAAGACGCUUAACCGCGGUAUCGCCGAGUUCAUUGUGCUCACCGCCGACACGGAGCCUAUCGAAAUUCUGAUGCAUCUGCCCCUUCUUUGCGAGGAGAAGAACGUCCCAUACGUCUUCGUUCCCUCCAAGGCUGCCUUGGGCCGUGCCUGCAACGUUACUCGCCCCGUCAUCUCUGUCAGUGUGACCACGAGCGAGUCUCGCGAGCUGCAGAGCCAAAUUACGACCAUCAAGAACGCCAUCCAAAGGCUCAUGUUCUAGUGCCACUAAUGUAGAGCGUACCACAUUCGCGCCUGUAGCCCUAUUAAUAUCAUGACUGUUCUGUCUGAGA